UGUUUUUCUCGUCGUUCCAGCGAGGUGCGCUGAUGUUUUUUUGUGUUUGUUUGUGUGUGCGUUAGUUAACCGUGUGUGAAGGCCAGACGAACCCGAGGGAAGCAAUCGGACGGUGGAUUUGAACGGGUGCCAGAUCAAAACAUAAUAAACCACCGUUGAGAAACGGAUAUUGGUCACCUGGGAGAAAGGGUUGCCCGUUGAUUCUCUUGGUGGUUGAUCGCUUCGAAAAUAUGGCCAUUUUUGGUGUGACUCAUGUGGAAUUCGAUUACCUUCAAAAAGAAAAAAAACACGAAGUUAUGAUUAAUGAAACCGGUGCGACAGUUACAAUUUUUAUCUGAACAUAAAUCGAAGUGAUAGUUUUGGUAAAUUAUCGAAUUGAAAAAUUGUGAAAUUUGUGUUCAGUAGUUGCCUAGAAACGUAAAAACAAAAAUAUGCAGACAAUUCUUCAGCUUCGAGAAAAGUUGGAAAACAUUUGCACGAAUGACAGCCAGUGAAUCGACCCGGGAGCGCUGAUCCCUGGAGAACAAACAGCCACCAGCAUCCCUACCGAUGCGGAGCCCGAAACCGAGUGAGUGAGUAAGUGUGUUAAUAUUAUGACAAAGAAAAACGGUUCCUCCGCAUGCCGACAGCGUAUUGGAAGGAAAAUUGUUCGUGUGACAUAGCCGUAAAGUGAAGUAAAAUAGAGGCACUAUUUCCGUGCAACGACUUUCCCCAACAUCAGCCCAACCCGACCCCGAGCGGAGGCGGCCUACAGAAAGAUGGAAUUGAAAGUAUGGGUCGAAGGAAUACAGCGUAUUGUUUGUGGAGUGACGGAAGUCACCACAUGCCAGGACGUGGUUUUUGCCUUAGCUCAUGCCACCGGAAAAACCGGCCGAUUCACACUAAUCGAGCGAUGGCGCAACAAUGAGCGGCUUCUGGCACCGCACGAGAAUCCACUGAAAAUCCUGAUGAAGUGGGGUGAAUACUCGAGCGAUGUGCAAUUUAUACUGCAACGGUCAGACCAGAAAAAGGAUCAAAAUCAGCAGCAGAACAACAAUAACAACAACAACAACAACACCAAAAAUGUCAACAACAACAACAACACUUCGUCUACUCCGCCUAUAACACAACAACCACAGCAAAAUCGCCAUUCGCCCAAUCUGCAACAUCCCCAAUCACAACAGCAGAUCCUUCGGCAGCAGCAGAAGCUGAAUCAGCUCAAUAACAACCAUAGCAACAACAACAACACCACCAACAUAGACGACGUGAAAAACAAGUUGGCGCAAAACAACCUAAGGAAUAGUACGAGCGGAAAUGACCCCUACGGGAAACAACCGAGUAGCCAACCGCAGACAGAACUGAUCAGCAAUGCGUUACCCCUGGAAAGGGGUAAGGAAGCACGGAAGAGCCUCAAUGCCGGGUCACCGCCGAAUUUGAGAAACACAAGUAGCGGCAUCAUCUUUAACAACAACAACAGCAAAAGUACGAUUAGCAACUGCAAUAUCAAGGUCGAGAAUGUGGGCAUAGUGAAAGGGAUACCGCAAAAGUCACCACAUAACAGCACCAGUUCCAGUGGUAGCAGCAAUAGUAGCGGAAGUGGUAGCAGCAGUAGUAUCGGAAACCUAAACGGAAACUCAGUGGAAGCCACCUACGCCAGUGUGAUCAAGAAGCCGAAAGGUCACCAGGCUGGCACCGUGGGGGAUGACCUACGGAAUUCGUUGGACAGAAAGCUGAAUGGUUUGUUGUAUAGCAAUGGAAUCAACACCACCGGGCACCAUGGGCAGCAGCAUCACAGUACGACAACGAUUGUGGGAGCAACGUUGAAGGAAGCCCCACGCUUCAGUGGGCUCAAUCAUCAUGUGAACAGCAACGAUAGUCUGCUGCUGGAUAAUAGCAGCAUCAGCAGUGUCAGCAGUAGUGGUAAUCAUAAUUUGCUGAUUAGCCCGGCAAGCAACAACAGCAACACCAACUCACCCAUCACCGGAAUCUCGUCAAAUGGUGCACUGGUACCGCCACCAUACCGUGACCCACCUCCUCCAAGGAACUCACCUCUUUCACACAAGCUGGACAGUUUGAACAACAACAACAACAACAACAACAGCAAUAAUCCUAACGCCAGCCUCAGCAGUAACAGUAGCCUCAAUAGUCAAACUCUCAACAAUCUCAAUCUCAACGUCAACCGGAAACUGGAGAAGGAUAGUAUUAACAUGAACCUAGCGUUGAGUACAGCAGCAGCAGCAGUAGCAGCAUCCGGAAGUGCCGCUGUUGGAGGAAGUGGAAGCAUCGGCAGUGGAAGCAGUUCCAGUAACGCCAACGAGUUGCUUCUGCUCAAUGAGCUGAAUCUGAACGAUGGUUCGAUACAGAAUACCGCCCAGUACAGAGACUUGAUACAGCUUAUCAAGUAUCAGCGGGAGAAAAUCAAUACCCAGCAAGCGGAUCUGUCUAAGUAUGACUCGGAAAUCCAGUACCUGGAGAGUAAGGGCCGAGAGCAGCAGGAUCAGCUGGAUGCGAUCACGCAAGAGAUCAACAAAACCGACCAGAUCUACCGGCAGAGCAGUGAGCAACUGCAGACGCUGCAGUACGUCGAAGAGGAAGGUGAACUGGUCCGGCAGCAGGAGAAGACACUGAAAUCCGAAAUCACGCUGCUCCGGUCGAAGCUGGCCAACUGCGAGACGGAGCUGUUGCAGUGCAAGAACAAGAUUCGACUGCUGAUGGACGAGAUUCAGGUCGAGCAGCGCAAGUAUUGCCGACAGUAUGACACUAAUCGUGCCCAAUUAGAACGCCAUCUAAUGUCUGAAGUUGACAGGAUUCAACUGGAGAUCGAUCUGGCGAUUCAGAACACCGAUCAGGCGAGCAAGGCGACCGACAAGCUGAAGAGUGAGGUGGCGGUGAUCGAGAGCAACAUCGCGGAGAAGAAGAAACAGGUCGAGCAGUUGGUGCACGAGAUGAAGGAGGUCAACCUGCAAAGUCUGGCGGCGGUGGCACCAGCCGACGAGGUACGGCAUCUGCUGGAAGUGGGUACGGUGAAACCUGGCAGCACACGACGGAUGAUUGGAUCCCCAAGGCAGCUGGAGAAUGCGGUACCGACUAGCAAAAACCCACAUGGAGUCUGGGUGUAGGAUGGAAUCGAACAGCAGUAAUAUGCAAUAAGUUAAUCAACAAAUUGUGAUAUUGUUAUAAGAAAUUGAACACGCUAAAAGUUAAUGGUUUGCUGUUAAAUUGGCCUACGAGCACAGAACUCUGAUGCACCAGACUCGGGCCAUGGAAACUCAUUAGACACACAAAACAAAGAACGUAUCUUCAUCGAUGGCCUCCCCAUUUUCUACACUCCUACGAGCACUCAGAUUUUUUUAUACACUUUUAAAGUUUUUUCACGUACUAUUUUUGAUAGGUGCAUUAGUCGAUUCUCCUUCGCAGCAAGGAAUCAAUCAAACCUUUUUAUCAAAUCAAACAUUCGUAGGGAAACGGAAAUUCCCAAAGGGUCCAAUUCACUUACUUAAUGCUGAUCAAAUCAGCUUCUCGAAUCGGUUUUGAUUCACGCCUAUAUUUUUGUUUUGUUUUAUUCGGUAAACGAAAAACGAAUAUCAUAACACAUAACAAAUAAAAGAAAACACCUGCAUUCCCUUCGUUCAGGCGAAACAAAAUAAAACCAAGACAACACGAACACCACUUUUUGCAACAAUGGCCUCAAAAGACGCGAACAUUUCGUAUUGAUAUAUAUUGAUGUUGAAUUUCCAUUGUGAAUGUUCUAUAGACGGAUUGUGACGGAAACAGAAACAUUCCUCAGCCAGGUCAGCGAUUCUGGCGGUCCCGGCGGAACGUUGUUUUUAUUUACAUUGAAUUGAACACAUUCGAUUCCAGAGAAAGAAAGAGAGAGAAACAGAGAGGUUAGAUAAAAAGCCAUAUCGUCAGUUAUUUUUUAAAGAAUAGAUAUAUAUUUAUUAUUUUAACGUUGAAGCCGUCCUUCACCAUUUUCGAGUUAUUCGUACAGCUCGAAUCAGGUGGAAAUUGGCUUCCGGAAUGCGUGCAAAAGAAUGUAACUCAUCAAUGUUUUCUUUUUCACUAUGACUUUGUACGCUAGAUGACAGAUUAUAUUUUGCAAGCAACUUUUAAGAGCAAUAAUCGCAAACUCAGUAGUAGUUUACUUAAUAAAUGUUUAAUACGAAUUGCCAUUUCUCAAUUAAGUUGUAGGCAAGUUUUUAUGGCAGCACAUUGGACUGAUGUGUAAUGUACUUUAGUUAGUGUUUAAAUAUCAAAGUAGAUUAGCAAUAGACUGUAUCUUGUAGAGAUGCUAGAGCCGAACGCGAACGCAUGAUUUCAACUUAAAUACAAGUAUAUAAGGAUAAACAACAAUGAAAUACGUGAAGCAGUUUAGUCCAAUAUCAACAACUAAAACACCGCUAAAAAUCGUUUAACGGGUGUUCUAUGCAACUCAACCACCUGAAUCAAUGCAAAAAAAAGAAACUAGUUAGAAAAAAUAACAGUUUAUCGAAACACAAAUCAAAUUCAACACAAAUUAGUGCAGAAACAUUCUACACGUUACAGACGACACUAGCCACUUACACGGAAAAUAGCACACAUAGUUUUAACUUGUUUAACUUUUUUCGAUGCCCAAAACACAAACCACACAGAAAUCUCAUUUUCAAACGAUUUACAAAACCAAAAUAGCAACAACAAAAAAAAACACAGUCCAGUUUUAAAACACCGAACAAUAAGUGAAGGACAGCAAAUCGAAAGGUUUCAUACUCUAUUAUACUCUGAUAAAACGGAUUUCGUUUCUCUGCUCCCGUAGGAAUUGCUUUGGAAUUGAGCUAUUUACCAGCGAAGAAAGAUAUCUAUGGACGAAACAAAAUACAUAUAUUUUAGGCUGACGUGAGUAACACUAACCUGUUUAGCAAGAAUUUAUCUAUAUCUAAAUAUGAGCUAUUAAAAAUCAAUCAAAUAUAUCAA